CUGAGCUAAUGAAUAAAAUUUAUACCGCCACAUCCAUGAAUCGUAUGAACAAGUUGGAUUUGAAAAUUAAAUAUCCCGUUCAUGGUGGGUCAUACAUGUUGAUGCCUCUUGCUGACGACGAAGCCGUUACGGGGAUGUGGACCUUGAUCACGAAUCUUGCUAUGCAUACCAUGGAGAUAUAUGUUGAAGAAGCGACUGUGUUGGCCAUACAACCUGACAACCUGUCAUUAUCUUACCCAUCCAUAAGUGUUCCAGUUAUGAUGAAUAUGGUUGCACAGGAGAAUGGAAGAUACGUGAACAAUGAUUCAACGUUUCUGGAUUCACAGCACAUCGACGACGAUGCAGAUGAAACUGUGAAUCAUGACACACUAACAGAUUCAGAUGAAGAUGGUGGUGAUCUCGUAAGUGCCAAUGCUCCAUCCAGCCACUACACUAAAGUUUAUGAGCUCCCUGCGAGAUUUGAUGAAUCAUGGAGGGGUUGUACAACUUCCAAUCGCUUCUCUGCAGAUGGUGAAUUCGAGGUUGGGCAAGAGUUUGAUGAUAAGAAACAACUGAUUAACAUGGUUAGAAUGUACUCUGUAAAGAGGAAUCAGUUUUUCUCGUUUACCCACUGAUCAUUACCAGCCUAGCUCAGUCGCUCUUCAUAUGACGACACGUGCUUUGCGUAGCAUCCAUGACACAGCGACUGAUGUACUUGAUGAGGCAGUAGAUAUACAGGGAUAUCAUGAGGCUUGUUCGGGCAUUGUUGCUUUGUGCGCUGAUGUAUUGGGUCGAGUGGAUUAUGGAUAUAUGGCCGACUCUCAGCAUUUUACCGCAUCUACAUCCACAACAGGGUCUUCUCAGACAGUCAGGCGUGAUAGAGUUGUUCUUCAGCCUCGUAACCAGCGCAGGCGCCGCCGAGCACAAC